GAGGCCAACGCUUUGGCCCGGGUUCGGCACCCGAACGUGGUGCAUCUCCUCGGUGUCGUCACUGAUGCUGACAGUCCUAUGAUGCUGCUCCCUCUGGCGAAGGGAACUUUGGUCGACGAGAUUGAUGCUGCUGUGGCGUCAGGCGUUCCGAUGGCUGUCGGCCGAAAGUUUCAGCUCGCUCGGGACAUUUGCGCAGGGAUGGCUGCGCUGCACGCCCGAGGAAUUUUGCACCUUGACCUCAAGCCGCCAAAUGUGCUGAUCGGCCGUGGUGGCGAGGCGCUCGUCGCCGACUUUGGCCUGUCAGUACAACUAAGGACGACGCUUACCGCAGCUUCCCUUGCUGCUAGCGCCGUCGAAACCGCUGCAGGAUGGCGCCUUGUAACCCGCGGCACCAUGGCGUACAAGGCGCCUGAGCUGUCACGGCCCAAGAGCAAGGGCGGCGCCAAAUAUGCGCCGCCAUGCGACGUGUAUUCGUUUGCAAUGCUAUUUUGGGAGCUGUUUGCGGGCAGCCCGCCUUGGGCUGGAAAGCCGGAGAUGGAGAUUCAGGCUGCGCAUAUGGCGUCCUUCUACGGCGAGGAGCCGGUGCGCCCAGAUCUCCCCACGAGCGCCCCUGCCAAGGCGCUUGAGCUGAUGGAGGGAUCUUGGCGCCAAGACCCAGCCGCUCGUCCAACCUUUGAAGGGCUUUCAUCUGAGCUC